AUAUAUGUGUGUGUGUGUGUGUGUGUGUGUGUGUGUGUGUGUGUGUGUGUAUGUUGGGGCUAGACACCCCACAAUCACUUGUUCUCUGAAUUUGAGUCGUUGUGGUUUUCUGCAAUGGUCUCUCUCUGUUGCAAAGAGAAGCAUUUUUUGGUGAGGGGUGAGAACUACACUUAUUUGUCGUAAGUGGAAUUCACUUAGGAAUUGUACUGAUUUAGUCAAGUGGUAGUACUGCAUUCUCCUCUAGGACGCAUGACCUCACUAGCCCCAGCUAAGUGCCUAGCUUUCAAGCACCUGGCAUGAUUUCUCUGCUGUUGAGUGGGCCUAAGUCUAAUUAGAGAGCUGUUGGUGGGGUUUCAGCAGCAGCGGUGGAACGUACGUGUUGGAGAGUUCCGAGGACGAAUUUUUAGACAAUAACAGAUUCUUGAGCUGAGCCGUGAGUAUGGUUGGAAAUUGAAAGAGAACAGGAAGGGAAGUACACAUUUCUGUUCGCAGAAGUACAGUGGCUUCCACAAGAUAUGAGAUGUGGUCUGAGGGAUGGUGUGACUACAAGCAACUUCCAGGAAAUCAAGCGCAGGGAUGGUAUGACUGCAAGCGACUUCCAGGAAAACAAGCGCCUCCUUGGAGCCAUCCCAGUGAUGGCAACCAUCGAUUAAUUAAUGUUGUGCCAAAGAGACCGCCUCUGGGAGACAAGAGACCAUCUCUGCUAGCCAGACCUGAUGAAGGAGGCUACGGUAGAUACUACUGUCACGUUGAUUACCAAAAAUGGGAUGAGGGCCGCUGUUUUUCUCAGAAUCCAAGAAGUGGCCCACCCUACAAAAGAGGCCCUUAUGGCUACCGAUGGUCAAGAGAUGAGUAUGCUACAAGCCGACAGCCUGAAUACAGGGCCAUGAGAAACGGCUUUAGAAGAAGAGGUUUCUAUUCUUCCCAUUAUUCAAGACAACGAUCUCCCCAUGAACGGGGCGCUCCUAUUUUGAGAGAAUCACGUGUGGGCGGGAAGGACUCCCUACCCAGCAGAUUUGGCUCCAGUCUCAGCAGGAGAAGCAGGAUGCGCUCCUUCCAUCAGUCUCGGCAUAGAUGUAGAGAGAGACCCAUCCAGUCUUUGAAAACAUCAAGAGAUACUGUGCCCUCAAGUUCUUCAUCCAAGGUGUUAAAAAGCCCCCGCCGGCAGACUGAGAAGGAACAGGCUGAUGCUGCAAGCAAGUGGGCUAAUGAAAAUCCCAAGAAGUCAGAAGAAAAUAACUUGGCUGAAAUUUCCGAGUUUGAGACGGGAUCCAAGGCACCGUUAUGUAUCAACCAGACAGAAGAACCCGAGUCAAACACGACAGCUGGCCCGAAGGGAUCCAAGGCACCAUUAUGUAUCAACCAGACAGAAGAACCCGAGUCAAACACAAUAGCUGGCCCAGAACUGUGUGAAGACAGCCUGUUUAGCAGUCGUUCAAAAGCGAUUGCAUCAAAAAUCACGGAGAUUGAGAAGGUUUACCGACAAGUCUGUGAAACUUUCGGGAUGGUGGUGGAAAGGCUGGUUGAAAAGGAUCGUUCGUUAGAAAAACCUAUACAGUUUGCAAUGAAGCAGAGUUUGCAUGAAGUAGGUGAGCAACAUGUUGAAGAACUCAAGCAUUUCAUUAUGGAGUAUGAUAAUUCUACUCCAGAUUUUGGAGGCCCUUUUUAGAAGAAUUAGGGCUCAGUUCAAACAAAUUUUUAAAGCUUCUAGAAUUUUCCCUUUGGACUUUUUCAAUCCUUACUAUUUUGUGAUGAAGAGAAAUACUUUAUGAUAACUGACCACGUUGCUAGUAUCAAAUAAACAUCUACAAUAGCUUUUAAAGUCUCUUAAUUAGAAUAUUUCCCUAUGUGUAGAAUCAUCUAAUCCAUCUUCUUACAUCUCCUCCCUCCCAAAAAUAAUGCUCAAUUAAUUUUUUAGUGUUUGAUAAAGCAGUUCUGGAGAGCAGCUCUCUGUACUUUCUUCAAUAGUCUUCCAUGGUGUGCUGGUCUCCGGGGUAUAAUUUGUAGUUAGAUAUCAUUCCAGGUUGCAUCUCAUAGGCAUUGUUACAUUUUGAGUUGAGUUUGACUUGCUGCUUGCUUUUUUUCUGCUUUGCAACUUUUGGUGAUGACAAAACAUGCUGUCUUAAGGAAGUAGAACUUAGCUGUCUUGCAAUAUUGCUUUGAGAAUAAUUCUAGUAUAGGGAAGAACUUAAAAAAUCUCUAAAGGACACAUUAAAACAAAACCUUCUUCUCAAGUCAUCGAACUCAGUGUGUCUCUUCUAUGAAGUGAGGCUCCUAACUGCUCUCUCUGAACAAUAUUAUAGAUAAGACUGAUAGGACGGGGUAACCUGAGAUGCAAGAUGCAUUUUAACUUGAAAUUUCUCAGAAACUCUUCUGGUGGCACUAAUAAAAAGUUUGACUAUACAACAACCUGGAGUUUUGUUUUAGGUCUGUUCUUUAUCAAAGAGGGACCUGACAAGGAGCUCAUGCUUGUGAUAAAUGACAGAUUUCUCUGUUAAUUUCCAUGAUCUUAGUUCUGUAGACUUAGAGAAACUCCCUCUUCACAAGUGUUAUCAUAGAAACAAGGCAGAAUAAGGCAUCGUGCCAUAGGGAAUGGGCUCUAAAAAGGCAGUCCAUGAGCUAGGAAACAAGGAGGACCCUAAGAGGGACACAUGGAUCACCUUGGGAAGGAGAAACAGAGGAUAU